AUGGAGAUUGAUACCGGUGCUGUUGUUUCUGUAAUGUCUUUACAACAGUACCAGAAGUGCUUCCCACACCUGACCUUGGAACCCACAUCUCUGCGUCUGCGCACGUAUACUGGUGAAGCAUUAACGCCCCAAGGGUACAUUACGGUCAACGUCAACUACGGAGGUCGUCAGCGGACCCUGCCCCUUCAUAUCCUGCGUCAACAAGGUGUCCCUCUCCUGGGCCGUAACUGGGUGCGUGAGCUGCGGCUAGACUGGGCCGGACUGAACACCAUGUCGCUCGACGUCAACGCAAUUACCGGACAGUUGACCGAGAAGUACAAGCCUCUUUUCACCGAAGAACUCGGAAUGAUUAAGGGACUGUACAAGGUAAACCGUCUUGCCUUUGGUAUUACUUCGGCCCCUGCAAUAUCCCAGAAAAUCAUGGAUAAUAUGCUGAAAGACCUGGAUGGUGUCAUCGUCUACCUAGACGAUAUUCUUGUGAUGGGGAGGGGAAAAUGCGAGUUUUUGAAGACCGAGUUGCAGUACUUAGGACAUGUCAUUAACGCUGAAGGCUUGAAGCCGUCGCAAGAGAAAGUUGAAGCUGUACUACGUGCCCCCGCGCCGACAGACAAGCAACAGCUUCGCUCGCUGCUGGGAGUAAUCAAUUUCUACGGGAAAUUCCUGCCAGACCUAUCAAGUGUCCUGUAUCCCCUGCACAGGCUUUUGAGACUAAAAGUGGCAUGGUCGUGGAACCAGCAGUGUCAGACGGCCUUCAAUAGACUUGAAUGCGACGCCUCGGCUUUUGGAGUAGGUGCGGUACUGUCGCACAUACAAGAAGACGGAAGUGUGAAACCCAUAGCCUACGCGUCACGAACACUAAGUACAGCGGAGGCAAAUUAUAGUCACUUGGAGAAAGAAGCACUUGCCUUAAUAUUUGGCGUUAAAAAGUUUCAUAGCUUCUUGUAUGGACGAGAAUUUGUGCUACUGACUGACCACAAGCCACUUCAGACCAUAUUCGGUGAAAAGUCAAGCACACCUACUAUUGCUGCUGCACGUCUGCAGAGGUGGUCCCUUAUUCUAGCAGCAUAUCGCUACAAGCUUCGCUACAGGGCCGGAAAGGCCAACGUCGUCGCGGAUUGUUUUUCUCGUCUGCCGUUGCAAAGAACUCACGAGGACGACGAUGACGAAGUCAGUGCGAUCUACUCUUUGAGACUUGAAAGUUUCCCUGUGAACUGCCCAGAAAUAGCUAAAGAAACUGCUCGCGAUCGAGUACUAAGUGUGGUGGCGGAAGUUAUUGCCAAGGGGUGGCCUGCAACUAUAAAUGAUGAGGCACUGAAACCUUAUUUCUCACAGAGGACAGAGCUAACAAUGCAUCAAGGAUGCAUCCUGUGGGGAAUGAGGGUCCUGAUACCUUCAAAGCUACGCACGAGGGGGCUCGACGAACUCCACUGCGGACAUCCAGGAUCCAUCGUCAGGAUGAAAGAAAUUGCAAGAAGUUACACAUGGUGGCCACGAAUCGACGACGAGCUGGAACAGACGGUAAAAAGAUGCGACGACUGCCAGGAACAACGCCCUCAACCACCGAAGGCUCCGUUGCAUCCUUGGUCCUGGCCGUCGCGACCAUGGGACCGUGUGCACCUGGAUUGCGCGGGUCCCUUCUUGAGUAAGAACUUUUUAGUCGCGGUGGACGCGCACUCCAAGUGGCCGGAGGUGUUUGUGCUCCAGUCAACGACCGCAGCAGCUACUAUACAGUGUGUGCGUGAACUGUUUACGCGAUGGGGUAUCGCGGGUACAAUUGUCACAGACAAUGGACCUCAGUUUUGUGCGGAGUCUUUUCAGAUGUUUCUCAAGCAAAAUUGCGUGAAACACAUAACAUCGGCGCCCUACCACCCAUCAAGUAAUGGGUUGGCAGAGAGGUUCAUCCGGACGUUGAAAGCAGGCCUGAAGAAAGAUCAGAGAUCAAGUCACUCUCAGAGAUCAAGAUCAAAGUCACUCUCUGGAGGUGAGACUUGCUAA